AUGAGGAGAGCCUUUAUAUCAGGUUUUACUGGUAGUGCUGGCACUGCUGUUGUCACAAAAGAUAAAGCAGCUCUUUGGACAGACGGGCGAUAUUUUCUCCAGGCAGAGAAACAGUUGAGCUCUAGCUGGAUUCUCAUGCGGACAGGUAAUGUGGGGGUGCCUACCACCAAUGAAUGGCUUAAUGAUGUUUUGGCUCCUGGUUGCCGAAUUGGCAUUGAUCUUGUGAAGGAUUUGGGAGAGUCUGUGUUUGAUGUGGAGCAGUUUCUUUUUUCUUCUGAUGCUGCAGAAGAAUUAAAGGAGGCCAUAUCUAAAAGGAAUCAUGAGUUGGUAUACUUAACGGAUUUUAAUCUCGUGGAUCAAGUAUGGAAAGAAUCAAGGCCGAAGCCUCCAAGCAAACCAAUUAGAGUGCAUGAUGUAAAGUAUGCUGGUUUAGACGUGUCAUCAAAACUGUCUUCCCUGAGGUCAGAACUGAUUGAUGCUGGCUCGGCGGGAAUUGUUGUCUCUAUGCUUGAUGAAGUUGUCUGGCUGUUGAACUUGGUAAUAUACCUAUCUUUCUUGGACAUGCUCCAGUAG